AUGGCGUUAUACUCAAACUUGGAUUUCCAGCAACAUCCGCCGCAAUCUGUCCAGUCUGUUGACAGUGACAGGCUUAUAGUGACCAUCCCGUUUAACUACACCUAUUUCGUCAAGCCCGAGCACACGCUUCAUGAGAGUCUUGUCCAUUCCGAUUGGCGACCUGUGGCCUCCGAUGCCGUGUCUGCGUUCCCGUUCUUCCAGAACCUGGCAUCUAACGCACUGGUGUGCGACAACCUCGAGCCACUAAGACGGGUGGUGAACCACGCAAACGACGCGUACGCUGCUUCUGGGAUCAUGGUUAUCUUGAACGAGUUCAGAGGAGCAGAGAUGAAACUGACCACCUCGGUCAUUGGAAACUACGCUUCGCAGAGAGAAAUGAACAAUGUUAGACUGCAAAUCUUCCGCAACUACUCGGAGAUCACCAGCCGUAAGAUCACAAUCGACUUCACAAAGAACAACUACUGUUUCACGUCCAUUGGCAAAAUCAAAGAGGAGCUAACAUUAUACCUAGACGAGAUUUCCAUAUACAACAAAUGCUCCAUCUAUAUUGUUCCGUCUAAAGAAAGUGUCUCCAAGUUUGACAUUGUCAUCAUUGGGAGCCAGGAUUGCUGCACGGUGACAGAAAACAAGGUCAGGUUGUUCAUCGACAACCUAAACCCGCUUUCGCACUGCGACUUUAUCGAGAUCGGCGCUCUCUCGCUGCUACCGUUGAUUGGUGGCACAGAGUUUUCCAAUUUCACCAACAUUGUCAAGAAAACACACUGCCACAUCUACCUGCCAAACCUCGUUCCUGAGCUGUACUUCAACAACUCGCUAGAUACGGAGGUCCAGAAACCAGCCAUCUAUAUCACCGGACUGAAAUCCAUGGUUCUGUUGGCCCAGGCCAUGCUUUCUGAGAUCAUCGACAAGAUCGAAAACACUCCGUUUAUCAAACAGAUCUCGGUCAUGCCUAUCAAAAGAGAGAGUCUGAUCCUGUUCAUGGAGGACCCGGAGCUUUUGAAGAACGUCAUGUUUGGCACAGGCUGUUUUAUCUCUGUUCCGUCGCUGGGUUACUCAAAUUCAAGCGGAACAGGCGAUACCGUCAGUUUCCAAGGAAACUCAAUCGAGGACAUUGAGAUCGCCAUCGAGAAGUUCACCAACCUGAUGACCAGUUUCUAUAGUGCAAAGUACGAGUUCAAGACCUCGGGAUCGUCAACUGCCGAUGUCAGCAAGCUGCUCAGUUUCAACGACUCGUUAUCCUUUGGAACAAACUCCAUAGUUUCGUUGGCCAAACUCAACGACGACUACGUUUUCCAGUUCAUUGGCAGAUCUGAAGGGCUGAAACAUGCUUCUGGUCCUCUUUCGCAAUUCCCGCCGUUUUUGGAAACCAAGCUGCUGAAAAGCUCGAUAGUUUACCAGAUUGAGCUCUCCAACAAGGAGAAAGAUUUCAUUUCAGGUAAGAAGAACGGUAAGAUCAUCAAGAUCAUGAACAUGUCUUCUGUUUCGAUCAAACUGCUUCCUUUCACUGAUGACAACUUCAUCGUUGAAAUCAACUGCAACGACCUGAUGGACUCUGUUUUAGGGCUCGGCCUUUUCGAGGACGAGCUUCCAACAAUGCUCACGUUCAACGUGCCAGAGUCCUUCCACAGACAAAUCAUUGGUGUUGGUGGCCAGACCGUCCAGACCAUCAUGCGCAAGUUCAACGUGUUCAUCAAGUUCUCGAACUCGUUCGAGUUGAACGAUGCGUCCGCUUCAGACCCAAACAAUCUUCAGGCAUCCAACUUCCAACAGUCUUUCAUCCGGAAGAACAACGUUGUGAUCAAAUGUCCGUCCAAGAACAAGACCCAGGUUCCGCUGGCCAAGCUAGAGCUGGAGAAGCUGAUGGCCAAGGUGAUGAACAGCAAUUAUUCGUGUUCUGUUGUCAAGCUAAAUCGUUCGCAAUGGAGACUCUUAACGUCUACUCCGUUCAAUUACAACUUGAACGCAAACCGGACAAAACCCAGCAACUUCAUCACCGAACUGGAGAAAACCACAAAUACUUACAUCAAAUACCCCAAGUUAGACCACGAGGAGGCCAAUCAGGACACUGUCAGUUUGGAAAUCUAUGGAAUCGACAACAACUCCAAGGUGUGCUGCGCGGAACUGGUCAAGCUGCUUCCGUACGAGUACGAGUUGAAGCUGCUUAAAUCUGCCAAUUUCAAGGACCUGACCGAGGCCGUGAAAAACGUGCGCAACAUGCUCUACCACCACGCCAAACGGGCUCAGCUGGAGUUCAUCAACAACAUUAUUGUUCCGCUGAAACUGUUGUACAACGUUGAAGUCUCUCUCAAGAGCAACAAGACCACUGACUCCGUCAUCCUCAACUUCUAUCCAGAGGCAUUUGGUAUCAGCUCUCUAUCCAACGAGAGACUGAACGAAGAAGUACAGGCAGAGGUUGGUCAGACCGACAAGUUUGGCCAGAUGUUGGAGAACGUCAAGAUUUUCCUCAAGAACCAGAAGUUCGAGGUUUUGGGCCAAACUUUCAAGCCGUGCGAGUUUGACAUCGUCACUCCGGACCAGCGAAACGAAAAGGAGAAUUUGUCCGCCAAGAACGAUGCUCUCGAAAUCGCUGACAACGGCUCUGUUUCGACACCAGCUACCGUCGUGAACAAAGGUCUGGGUCUUGGGUUCCAACAGCCAAUGCAACCACCGUCCAGAUUCGGGAUCAACAACAAAACCGUCCCUACCGCAGAGGCCCCGGCGCAAGGAUCCGGGUCGCGUUUCCAGAAAACGUUUGACAAAAUCAGCCCGUUUAAUGCUCCCGAGUUUAAUUUCACUCCGAUGAGCAACACUUAUUGA